CUUUUAGAUCCAGCCAAUCAUGUUAAGAAAUCAUUGAGCGCUCACUCAACAGUUGUGUUUGCUGAACGCUACCAUUAGUUCACAUUAGUUGCUCUCUGGAAACAAAAAGAGAGAUUGAAAGCAACGGUUUUACGUUGUCGCACAAUAUACUGGAGCGAACUCACGAGAAUUAUUGGCUACGUUUAUUUGAUAUUCGUAUCGAGAAGCGCGACAUCGCGGGAAAGGGGCAGCGGCGAGCUUCGACAGUCUCGAUACAUUCGAGUCUCGAUGUCAACAUCUUGCUCUUUUCAUAAGAGCGGCACUUCAGAUCGCUCAUUGUCAGACACCACCUACGAAAAAUUUCAGUCGUUUUCUACAGUUAUUUUAAAAAAAUUGACAAGUAUUAAUUAUAUGAAAUUAAGUGAACACAGAAGUAUGUGUCACCGUCAGUUCGGUCCCGCGCCUAAAAAAUAUAUCUAAAAUGUCUUUAAAGGCCACCAGCACGGGAUUGUUGUCCCAGCGUACAAAUCUGCCGACAUCUGUGAGGAAAAGCAAUUAUUCAUCGGACGCUGUUUCGCGCGAGAAAUGGCCAAAGAAAGAUUUGAAGCUGAAGCCGUUCGGGUUUUGCUGUUCUCUGGAACGUUUCGAUCCUUCCGCGCGAUACGAUCAACGAAUGCCACCCUACAAAUCCUCGUUGAUGGCAAUCACUUCCGUGCACGAAUGUCCGGUGGCCAAGAUGCAAAUGAGGUUUUCCAUGUCCCGACUUUCCCGAGAGAAAAAGAAACUUCCGAAAAUAAAACCAUCGGACGUGGGCGAUCAGCAACGGCGAUUAAAGAAUAGCGGACUAAGUUAUUCCCAGAUCGAUAGAAACAGCCGCUAUGUAAGGCAGUAUUUGGAGGAUGAAAUUGCGUUGGCAAAGGAUAUCUUCUGGGCGGAAAAGCGAAGGACUUACAACGAGGAGAGUAAGAGGACGAUAAAAAUAGGAAAGAAGAAACGCAAGAAAUACUCACUAAAAUUGAAGACGUGUCCACGAUGGUACCAAGACUUUUCCCCAGAUCAAAUGAGAAAUUUAAUGAAACUGGAAAAUGUAAUGCGUACUGAUUACGAAGAGACAAAGGCAAAUGGCACGGAAGCAACAUUGAUGGCUAUCGGCGUCGUUUCAACGUUGUUCAAAUUAAAGCCGAGUACUAUAAAAGAAUUGCACGAGUCGUGCAACUUGAAGAGCGUUGAUUUUCUGCAGAGAACUUACCGAAUCUUAACGGGAAAUGAUUUCUCCAAAGAAGGACAUAAGAAAGCUUACGAUUGCAACGAGAGGAUAAUAUUGUCGGCCAUUGCGUUUUUGACACUGCCAGAAACUAUAAAGGAAUUGCAUAGGAGAUUGCCAGCAGUGACUAUGCCAAGAUUGCCACCGAAACCAAGCCUAACAAUAUGCUUGCCGAGGCGUAAAAGUAGCUGUCCUUAUAAGGAAGAAUUAUUUACGCGUCCCGAUUGGGCCGGUUAUAGAAAUGCUUUGCAGAAAUGGCGAAAACACUGCAAACUAAUUGCAAUUCCGAAAGUAAUCUUUCCAUUAAACCAAGGCCAGCGUUUUAUUAAUAACAUCUCGGAGAUUAAACGGAGGAAAGAUACAGCUGAGCCUUCUGAAGAAAUUAGUACGACGGAAUUGCAAAAAAUUUCCUCAGUUACGUACGAUGAAAAAGCAUUCGAUCGUCAGACGACGGCAAAAAGUUUGGUUCUACAAUUAAGAUUUUGAGGGACAAAUCCGGAGCCAUAGAAUAUAAAAUUGAUGGUCCACCGAAAUCGCCAGGAAUGAGUAAAAAAUCUUGGCUGCGAAAGAAGGACGCUCAUUACGUGAUAGGUGGCAUAUCUACUA